AGAACAGUCGCGCGAAAACUGGUCACCAUGGACGUCCAACGAGAUUUGAACUAUCAGUGCGGUUGGAAUCGUUACUUAAUGAAGUACAUGGGCAUCUGGCCGAAAGAAAGGAAAUGGAACCGAAUUUCGAGUUACGCCGUCCUGUUACCAUCCCUCACGAUGCUGUGUUUCAUGUGUGCUCCACAAACCGCCAAUUUGCCGUUCAUAGCGCACGACUUGAAUCUGGUGGUCGAGAAUUUAUCGACAAGUAACAUGGUCACCACGAUUGCACUCGUGAAGACCAUAAUUUUUUGGGCAAAUAGCGAAUCAAUGAUGUCCCUACUAAAGUGCAUGGCCAAGGACUGGGCUACGGUGGAAACGAGAACAGGACGAGAAACAAUGAUGAACGCCACGAGGACCAGCAGAAAGACCACGAUAGGGUGCUUAAUGCUGUGUCAGUUCGUAGCCACCUCUUACGUGUUCCUACGAUUAUCUACCUUAAAACAUAGCGACAACAAACUGGUCUAUCGUGGCUAUUUCCCUUAUAAUGUAAGCAUCAGUCCAAGCUACGAGCUGACGAUGGUUGGCCAAACUAUGGCUGGUAUAUACGCAGCUUUGACAUACACAUCCGUGGACACGUUUAUCGUUAUGCUGGUCUUGCACGCUUGUGGGCAGCUGUCAAAUAUGAAGGACGACUUGAGGAACAUUCAUUCGUGUGAUAAGAAGAAUUUGCGAGCGAGAUUGAAGAAAAUUGUUGAGAAGCACAAUUAUAUUAAUGUGUUCGCAGAAACAGUAGAAAAUUGUUUCAACGUAAUGCUUCUGAUUCAAAUGCUCGGUUUCAUCAUUCAAGUAUGCUUCCAGUCUUUUUAUACGAUCACGUCACUUGGGAACAUAUCAGAGCGAUUCAUGAUAUUCCAAAUCAUAUUUCUCAUUAUCUAUACAGCAUGUUUGAUGGUGCAAUUAUAUCUGUAUUGUUACGUGGGUGAAAAACUUACGCUGGAGAGUACGGAUGUAGCUAACACAGCGUACAAUUGCGAAUGGUAUAGUCUACCUUCAAAAGACGCAAGACUACUUAUAAUUAUUAUGUGUCGAGCUAGAGCAUUACCGCUGAAACUUACAGCAGGCAAAUUUUGCUGGUUUACUGUGCUGUUAUAUUCCCAGGUUCUGAAAACCACAAUGUCGUACAUUUCUGUAUUAUACGCAACGAAAAAUUAAUAAAGCG